UCCUCUAACAUUGAGUGUGGAGAUAGUAAUUAGGUUCUUCAAAUAUGUAGGGGGAGUUUGGGUUGACGAAGUAUGGGGAAGAGUAUUUGGGGUUGUAAUGGAAGACAAAUUAAGUGGUGUGUUAAGUAAAUGUGAUGUUUGGUGGUUAGGUCUGGUUGGAUUGUUG